AUGGCUGAUCCUAGCUGGGGCGAGCAUGCUUAUGCUACGCUUCUGUUGAACGAUGCCUAUCUCCCUGGUGCUCUGGUGCUUGCCCACUCUCUGCGCGAUGCCGGCACCACCAAGAAGCUUGCUGUCCUGGUCACGCUCGACGGUGUGACUGCCGAUGCCAUUGUUCAGCUCAAGACCGUCUACGACUACGUCCUGCCUGUGCCUCGGAUCCGCAAUGACAAGCCUGCCAACCUCUACCUCAUGAACCGUGCCGACUUGCACUCUGCCUUCACCAAGAUCAACCUGUGGAAGCAGACGCAGUUUUCGCGAAUCGUCUACAUCGACGCCGAUGUCGUUGCCUACCGCGCCCCUGAUGAGCUCUUCGACCUCCCCCACGCCUUUGCCGCCUCUCCUGACAUCGGCUGGCCCGACAUCUUCAACACCGGUGUCAUGGCCUUGACGCCCAACAACGGCGACUACCACGCCAUGAUGGCCAUGGCCGAGAGGGGCAUCUCCUUCGACGGUGCCGACCAGGGUCUCCUCAACACCCACUUCAAGAACAACUUCCACCGCCUGCCCUUCACCUACAACGUCACCCCCUCUGCCCACUACCAGUACCUCCCGGCCUACCGCCACUUCCAGUCCAGCAUCAACAUGGUGCACUUCAUUGGCCCGGACAAGCCCUGGCGCGCCGGCCGCAAUGCCUCCUACGGCAACGGGGCCUACGACGAAAUGGUCGGCCGCUGGUGGGCCGUGUAUGACCGCCACUACCGCGAGAAGCUUGCCAACAAUGGUGGAAACUACAACCAAGCUUACGAGUCACAAAAGAACGCUUCUCUGGCUGAUACCAAGUUCGACGCACCGGCAGGAGGUUCUGGCUUCCAGGGCCAGGCACCCCGACAGAUCUUCCCAUGGGAGAGCCAUCAGCCCAAGGCCACCAGGUCUUUCUACGGUGAUGAGCCAGAGCUGCAGCCGCAGACUCCUUCUCGCUCAGGCCCCGCUGCUGCCAAGUCGACUGCUCGUUCUUCCGUAACAAAGUCUCCCCCAAAGUCUCCCGCCUCAAGGACGUCUGAAAACAAGAGCGAGGCCGGAACGGCCUCUUGGACGACAUACUCGCGGGGCAAUGCUUGGGACGAGGUCCCGGGCAUCUCCAAGUACGCGGACGCCGUUGAGAAGCACCACCGAUCGAGCAGCCGCGGCAAGGAGGGCGAAGAAGGCGACGAUGACGAAGAUGACGACGAGGCCCGAGGCUUCAAGAAGGUUACCGACUUCCCCACUGAGACGGAGAGGCCCAGCCUGCCGGUCACACCAGCACCAGUCCCCCGAGGACGCGAUUCCACCGGUAAGGUGCUCCCGGCCGCUGAGGGCGUGCCGUCACAGUCCGAAUGGAUGUCUCUACACAAUUGCUGGGUGGCUGACGUGGAGUUUCCUGUCAAGGAUCCCGCAGCGCAACUAGAGAAGCUCGCUCAGCAGCAGUCAGCGAUGCUGUUGCGCAAGCUCGGGGGUCACAAGGAGGGCUUCUCGGGAGGGACUCGCAUCGCCCAGUCAGCCCCUGUCGUGCUGAGCCCACGGCCUGUCAAGGGAACAGCAGCGGCGGCAACCAGGAGCCUGGAGCGCAGGAUGAAUGAGGAGGAAGCCGGAGGAAAGUCAUGA